AUGGACUCUCCACGCUCCCUCCGACGCCUCGCCGUCGCCCUCCUCUCUUUGGCUCCUACUGUCCUGGCCCAGAACAAGGCUGAUGUCAUCUCUAAAUGCCUCGAUGACGCCGGUGUCCGUAAUGUCAUCGACACGGACAGCUCAUGGGCUGAGGAAACAGUCAUGUUCCAGAAGCGUCUCAAGCCUGACCCUGAAGCCAUCGCUUUCCCUGAAAACAGCGACGAAGUCGCCUCUGCCUUGAAGUGUGCGCGCGAAUCAAAGGUCAAGGCUAAUGCUCUUGGGCCUGCACACUCGUUCCAGGGCAACGGCUUUGGAAUCCCUGGCAACCUGGUCAUUAACAUGGCCGCCUUUGACGAGGUUAGCUACGAUAAGAAGUCCACCCUUCUCACCUUUGGUGGAGGUACCCAUGUCGGUCCCGUUCAAAAGUACCUCUGGGAUACUGCCGGUCGUCACGUCCCUCACGUCCGUGGCGCUCACGUUGGUGUCACCGGUUCUAGUAUUGGAGGCGGCUUUGGUACCACUUCACGAUAUCUUGGAACCCCCAUGGACAACCUCGUUGAGAUCCAGUACAUGCUGUACAACGGAACCAUUGUCAACGCCAAAAAGGGCUCUGACCUGUUCUGGGCCGCCCAGGGAGCUGGAGCUUCGUUUGGUAUCAUCCUCUCCACAAAGACCAAGACCUUCAAGCCUCAGUUCGACAAGGCUAUCAACUUCACCCUGUCUAUGGGUGAUCUCACCCCCGAGGCUGGCGCAAAGGCCCUAGUCGCCAUCCAGGACUACUCUCUCAGCAAGGACUGCCCCGACACUUGGGCGUUCCGAUGGAACAUCAUGGCUCCUCCUUACGAUGGUACUGGAUACUUCUACGGCAACCCUUCUUCGUUUGAUAGCGUCAUGGCCCCUCUAGUCAAGAAGCUCAAGACCAUCAGCUCCAACACUGCCGUUAAGAGUACUGUCCUUCCCUGGUGGGAUCUCGAAGUCGCUGUCGCUGGACCUGGUAUGAACCAGCCCAACGGUGGAGCUCUCGGAGGCCGAUCCUUCUACACUCAGUCUCUGACCACUACCACCGAUCACCCUCUUACUGUCAAGCAAGCCCAGAUCCUCUUCGAGGGAACCACUCUGGCUUUCAACCGCACCGACAUGACCAAGUUCGGAUACAUGGAUCUUUGGGGUGGCGUCUCUCGCUCUAUCAAGGACAGCGACACUGCCUAUGCCCACGGCAAGAACCUUUGGUUGAUUCGCUGGGACGCCAAUGCCAUUGGACCCUACCCUAGCGAUGGUAUCAGCUACAUGAGAGCCUCUAUCAAGCCCUUCGAGGACUCACUUGUCAAGGGCGGCGCCAAGCUCCGUGGCUUUGUUAACUAUGCCGACACUGAGCUUACUGAGAAGGAAUGGAGCUCUCGUUUGUACGAUGGCAACUUCGAGCGUCUCAAGCAGAUCAAAGCUCGAUAUGAUCCUGAGGGUCUGUUCAUCAACCACAGGCAAUCGAUUCCUCUACCUUGA